AUGGUCAAGGCUGUUUGCGUCGUUCGCGGUGACUCGAAUGUCAAGGGCACUAUUGUCUUUGAACAGGAGUCGGAGUCCGCCCCCACCACCAUCACCUGGGAUAUCUCCGGUCAUGAUGCUAAUGCCAAGCGUGGCAUGCACAUUCACACCUUUGGCGACAACACCAACGGCUGCACCUCUGCCGGUCCUCACUUCAACCCCCAUGGCAAGAGCCAUGGUGCCCCUCAGGAUUCCGAUCGCCAUGUCGGUGACCUCGGCAACAUUGAGACUGAUGCCCAGGGCAACUCCAAGGGUUCCGUUUCUGACAGCUUUGUCAAGCUGAUCGGCCCCGAGAGCGUUGUUGGACGCACCAUCGUUGUCCACGCUGGCACUGAUGACCUCGGCAAGGGUGGAAACGAGGAGAGCUUGAAGACUGGCAACGCUGGUCCCCGCCCCGCUUGCGGCGUCAUCGGCAUCACCUCUUAA